CGCUCAAUCUCAGUAUCAUCAUGGCUGAUAUGCCUAUUGUGCUCGAUGGAGGAACGGGUUUCCUCAAAGUCGGAUAUGCUGCGCAGAACUUCCCCGAGCACCAGUUCCCCUCGAUAGUGGGGCGUCCCAUACUGCGGACGGAAGAGCAAGCAGGCGACAUUGUCGUCAAGGAUAUCAUGUGCGGCGAUGAAGCUGCUGCCGCCAGAUCAAUGCUCCAAAUCACCUAUCCCAUGGAGAAUGGAAUUGUCAAGAGAUGGGACGACAUGCAACACCUAUGGAACUACACUUUCUACGAGAAGAUGAAGAUCGACCCCACCGGCCGCAAGAUCCUCCUCACCGAACCCCCCAUGAACCCCCUGAAGAACCGGGAGCAGAUGGCCGAGGUGAUGCUGGAAGGCUACAACUUCGGUGGUGUCUACGUCGCUAUCCAAGCCGUCCUUGCGCUGUAUGCUCAGGGUCUCAGCAGUGGUGUCGUCGUCGAUUCCGGAGACGGUGUCACCCACAUUAUCCCCGUCUAUGAAUCCACCGUCCUGAACCACCACAUCCACCGACUGGACGUUGCUGGUCGCGACGUCACCCGCAACCUGAUCGCCCUUCUCCUCCGCCGCGGUUACGCCCUCAACCGCACGGCCGACUUCGAGACCGUGCGCCAGAUCAAGGAGAAGCUGUGCUACGUCUCGUACGAUCUGGAACUGGACAAGAAGCUCUCGGAAGACACGACGGUCCUCGUCGAGUCCUACACCCUCCCCGACGGCCGUGUCAUCCGCGUGGGCAGCGAGCGGUUCGAGGCUCCCGAGUGUCUCUUCCAGCCGCACUUGGUCGACGUCGACCAACCCGGUAUCGCCGAGCUGCUGUUCAACACCAUCCAGGGUGCCGACGUCGACGUGCGCUCCAGUCUCUACAAGGCCAUCGUGCUCAGUGGAGGAAGCAGCAUGUACCCCGGUCUGCCCUCGCGUCUGGAGAAGGAGCUCAAGCAACUGUGGCUCACCCGCGUACUGCAUGGAAACCCGGAGCGACUCAACAAAUUCAAGGUCCGCAUCGAAGACCCGCCCCGACGAAGACACAUGGUCUUCCUCGGAGGUGCCGUGCUGGCCAACCUGAUCGCCGACAAGGAGGAUAUGUGGGUCACCAAGCAAGAAUGGGAGGAGCAGGGCGCACGUGCCCUCGCCAAACUCGGUCCGAGAUAAACAGUCUAGGUAGUUUACCACUUUUCAAACCCAGUAACCCGUACAUACAUACAUCCAUACCUAUCAACCAGCCUUUCCUAACCCG